CUGUGCAGGUCUCUUUGCUGCCAAAGUGGCAAGCAGAGGAGAGGGAUGCUCGGGGCUGCCUGCCUGGCACUUGGCACGAGGAGUUGCGCUGCAAAAGGGCUCUUGCAGGAUGCAAGAGCUGUACAAAAACUCGCGAGCCAGUGUCUGAAGGGUGGAGCAAGAGCCCCCCAGUACCAUGGAGGCAUUGCAAUGUUUGGGAAAGUAAAAAUGUCUCCUGGAAAAGACUACGUUGUUCUUCACACUGGGCAGAAAUUGCCCCUUGUAGGACUGGGCACCUGGAAGAGUGAACUUGGCCAGGUGAAGGAGGCAGUGAAGUAUGCGCUCGGCGUAGGUUAUCGCCACAUUGACUGUGCUGCAGCGUACAGCAAUGAAGCUGAGAUAGGGGACGCCUUCCAGGAGAGCAUCGGGCAUGAUAAGCUCGUUAAAAGGGAUGAACUAUUUGUGACAUCAAAGCUAUGGAAUACGAAGCAUCACCCAGAGGAUGUGGAGCCAGCUCUAAAGAAAUCUCUGAAAGAUUUGCAACUGGAUUACCUGGACCUGUACCUCAUUCACUGGCCACAUGCCUUCGAGCGAGGAGAUAAUCUCUUCCCCAAGAACCCUGAUGGCAUGAUGCGUUUUGACUACGUUGACUACAAGGAGACCUGGAAGGCUAUGGAAAAGCUGGUAGAGAAAGGCCUUGUGAAGGCUAUUGGGCUGUCCAACUUCAACAGCCGUCAGAUUGAUGACAUCCUCAGCAUGGCCACCAUCAAGCCCGCUGUGCUACAGGUGGAGUGUCAUCCCUACCUAGCCCAGAACGAGCUGAUAGCUCACUGUCAUAAAAAGGGGCUGGUCGUCACUGCAUACAGCCCCCUGGGCUCCCCUGAUCGAAUGUGGAAGCACCCUGAUGAGCCCGUGCUUCUGGAAGAACCCGGGAUCAAGACAUUGGCAGACAAAUAUGGCAAAUCACCAGCUCAGAUCAUCCUCAGGUGGCAAGCCCAGCGUAAUGUGGUUACCAUUCCCAAGAGCGUCACCCCUGCCCGCAUCCUGCAGAAUCGCCAGGUGUUUGACUUCAGCCUCACCGAGGAAGAGAUGAGCUCCAUUGGUAGCCUGAAUAAAAACUGGCGUUAUAUUGUGCCGAUGGUUACGGUGGAUGGAAAACUUGUAGCACGAGAUGCUGGACACCCCCAUUACCCGUUCAAUGAUCCCUAUUAACUGCAGUAAUGAGAUGUUGGAGCAGACUCCUUGCGCUGCUCUACAAGCUAGCUGUUGUCAGAGUUUAUUAUGAAAUCUUUCCAAAUAAAAUCUUCUGACUAUCUGGCUUGUGUCAGCCUGCAGGAUGGUGCACUGCCUAUAAUCCCCCCUCUUCCUGCAGGUAUUGCAAUGGCCUUGCCAGAGCAGCUGGCAGGGCAUAUCAUGACUCCUAGUUGGUUCCUGUAUUGUAAUGUGAAACAGUCACAGGGUGGGGAGGGUAUACCAGACUCUCAAGCUGAAAUUCAGGACAGUACACUUGUGUAAAGCAGUUGUCGAGGCUUUAGCUAUUAUGCUUGCAUUCGUAGGUGGGCAUGGAGCGAUAGUAAUAAAAAAAGUAACUAACUGCUUAAUCCUGUAUUUCCGUCAUUUCCUAAACAAAAAGCAAAACUUCACAGGUGACUGUUGUGUUGAUGUGUGAAAGCAUUGAUUAAAACCCACAUUUAAUUCCGUU